UCCGAUGUGCGCCAUGACGGCACCGCCACCGGCCGCUGCGCUCCGCCGUUGGGAACGGGAGCAGGCCCGGUUGAGAGCCAGCGUGGUUGAGGAGGACACGGAGCAGUGGCAGAAAGAUCCCAGCUUUACAGGGCUGGAGCGGGUGGGAGGCGUGGACUUGUCUUACAUCAAAGGAGAUGACUGCAGCGCCUGCGCUUCCCUGGUCGUGCUCAGCUACCCGGCUCUUGAGGUGCUGUACCAGGAUUGCCGGAUGGUGGCUGUGAGUGCCCCAUACGUGUCAGGAUUCUUGGCCUUCCGGGAGGUCCCUUUCCUGGUGGAAGCUGUUCAGAGGCUUCAGCAGGAGGAGCCCAAGCUGAAGCCUCAGGUACUUCUUGUAGAUGGGAAUGGCCUGCUCCAUCCUAGAGGGUUUGGUGUGGCCUGUCACCUCGGAGUCCUGACAGAUCUACCAUGCAUUGGAGUGGCCAAGAAUCUCCUACAGGUGGAUGGCUUAGCCAAGGAUGAGCUGCACAGAGAGCAGAUCCAUUCCCUGCAGAGGGAAGGAGAUACAUUCCCACUGACAGGUGCUUCAGGGAAGCUCCUGGGCAUGGUCCUGCGUAGCUGCAACAACAGCUCUAAGCCACUUUACGUCUCGGUGGGGCACAGGGUGUGCCUGGGGACAGCUGUGCGCCUGGUCCACUCCUGCUGCCGGUACCGCAUCCCAGAGCCCAUCCGCCAGGCUGACAUUAGAUCGAGGGAGUACAUUCGAAAGCAGCUGUGUUCACCUCUGGAGGUCGUUUCUUCUGGGGCGCUGAGAUUCCUUAGGACAGACGGAUGGUGCAACUCAUCGUGCUCUGCUCAGCUCCAUUAUUCUUUGGGUCAUGCAAGCAGAGGCAAAAGAAGGGGCUUUCUCUGCUCUACUACUCACAGCAGUUGCAUAGCAUGGCCAGGCCAUGGGGUAGCUCUGUACAAAGCCAGGCUGGGCUUCCCCUGUUUGUGCUGGAGCUUUGUCUGUAACACUUUCCUGCCAUGGCAGGUGCUGCGGCUCACACAAAGGCUUAGCUGGUUUGGAGGUCUGUGCAACAGAAAAACUAAAUAUUUAUGACCAUGUAUCUCAAAAUCUGUGAAUCUGAGUCCCUUAUUCACCAAGUGAUUUAGUGAUGGGGUCUUCUUGUUUUCUACUUUCUUUUCUGAGCCUUCCUUGUCUUCCUUGUUUGUUCCUAGCAGAAAAAAAGAGACUGGACUGGAUGAUUAGGAUGAUGCCAUAAGAAAAUGCAGGGCUGCUCUUCACUGGAUCCUCUCCUCCACCAGGACUCUGGGUCUGUCAAAUGCCAUCCCAGGGGAGAGCAGUGCAAGGCCAUGUCAGUCAGAACAACGCUGGCCAUGGUGCAUGCGUCAAUGGAGCAGGCACCAGCUUCUGCUGAAGGAUAAUGUUUAGAAUAUAUUUCUCAGGGUUUAUUUUUAAGCAUUGUAAAAAUAUUUAUGUAAGUAAAUACCCUUGUAAAUUCACAACAACUGGCUUGAGUACUGGGGAAAUGGCAGGAGGAGACUUACAAAGAGAUGCUGAGGCACUUAACAGAGUUUUAAACCAAUUCCAGCACUGGUCUUUGGCUCCCACCACCCCUCUGUGGCACAGACACUUCCCUUCUCAUCAUUUUGGAGCAGCUUCCACCCCGUCCCUGCAGCCUGUGCUCACAUUAUUCCCUCUGCACAUCUCCGGGGAACAGAAGCUCCGGCUGGUCCCGACAGACGGGACGGGGACGCCGGCUUUGAGGUGGGCGAGUGACUCAUGCAGAGAAACAGAGCCAAGAGGCUGCUGGGGAGAGCUGCAAGGUCUGAGCUCCGGUACCAGAGAGCUCCUGUCCCUGCUGCCAGUGGCUCCUGCGUGCCCUGUGCCACACAGCAGCCACCACGCUCGGUGGUGGCUGUGCCCGGAUGAUGUCUGUGCUGGGGACACGGUGCUCCAGUGGUGGUAGGAAUGUGCUCUGCAUUGCAUGGCUCAGCUGGAAGGGCGCUGUGGUAGCCGGUGUUGCUGUCACCCUCUGCAGGGCUGAGGCAGAGCACUUGAUGCAGACCAGCUCUUCCUGAAGAAAUAGCAUCUCAGGAGAGAGAAUUUUCCAUCAAGGAGAAUGGCGAGGAGGGUCCUUCCCAUACACACAUCAGUCAGCACAGCCAGUCCCAGAUUGGAGUUCUGCAAUUGGAGUGGACCAGGAGCACUCGUGUGUGGUGUUCACUGCCCAGCAAACGUACACCAGCACCCACAAGUUAAGCCAUUUGUGAAGCUUUGUUGUAGCAGCAGAGCACUGAGCAAACAGCUUCUAUCCCUGAAUCAAUGCAAUGAGGCUCCUCCAGUUUGCACAGUUCCUGUGUUCCUGCCACGCUGGGGUUCCUGGUUGUAUUUGGCAGGUUGUUUGUGACUGGUCCUGAAGAACAACGGGGCAGAGACAGGAGCCAAAACUCUGGCAUGUUGAUGUAAAAAGCCACAGCUGUGUAAGAUACCAGCCUGAGGAGGAAGAAAGUAGUUUUCUCAGGACAGAAGGGGAGUGCUGUGGGUCAGGGCUCCUGGGGCUGGUUUAGAUGCUGCCAAGUGCUUCACUUUGCAUAAAUUUCUCUUGCAGCUUCUGUUGCUCUUUUCUUGCUGCUCGGUCUCGGUGCUGUGGUGGGUGUGAGGACUUCAGCCCCUUUCAUGUGCCUGUGCAGCAUCUGCUCAGCCAGAGCCUGAGCUGAUUCCUCCUUCAGUGCUACACCCCGGAACCCGGGUGGCACAAAGGGAGGAAGCACCAAGGAGGCUCCCCCAGGCUCUGUAUGGGGAGCUCUGGGCCGGUCUCUGGGGAUGCUGAAGAUGCUGCCCAGGUGCUUCCCAGAAACCCCUCCUGAGGGAUGUGCUCUGAAAAACAAAGCCAGCAGCAGCUGCGGUUUCCAGGCCCUGGGGGCAGCCUGAUGCCUCCUGGGGAGCCUCAAAGCCCUUUUCAUGCAGAAGGUUGGCCUGUGGGUGGACAGAGAGCGGGAAGGGAGGAAAUGCUGCAGUGAAGCUCCUUGAUCCCGGUGAUGUGUGUGGGAUCAGAGAGGCUGCCCGGCCACCGUGAGAGGCAGCGGCUGGGUUUGCAUCUGA